UGAGCGGUAGUCAGUGUGGACGGGCGGGUCGGCGGCGCGGGUCAGACUGCGUGCGGUUCUGAGCGAGAGGAACAUGUGAGGAGCCAGGAGUCACGAGGAGCUGUCACGAGAGGAGGAAAGGACCGCUGUGACUCCCAAUCCUGGUUAUCCUAGUUACCCUUCCGCCCUCACGCCUUGGACAUUUAAUUAAGGGGUGUAGACUCUAAUGCAGUAAAUCUGUGGCUUCUGCCCUCACGUGACACUAGGAGUAUGACGUGCGGCGUCUCUCAGCAGUGGCGUGGCUUUCAGUGUGUUGGGAAGAGCUGAACGUUAGGCAGAGGUCGCCAACAGAGUGCGUGGGGCGCGGCAGGAUGCGGGUCGCCAACGCGCCGAGCCCCGCCGUGCCCCUUCUGCUGCUGUUGGCCUUCGCUGCUACAGGCGCUGGGCUGCGCGUGUCUGGCGUGCGCGUGCCGCCCGUGGUGGUGUCGGGCUCCGCGGUGGACCUCACCUGCCACUACCACCACAGCACGGACCGCCCCGACCCGCUCUACUCCAUCAAGUGGUACCGAGACGUGAACCAGUUUUACGAGUACAUUCCAAGACGAAAGCCGCCCAUCAGGGUGUACCCGCUGCCCAACAUCCACGUGGACCGGGCGCGCAGCUCGCAGGCGACGGUGGCGCUGAAGGGCGUGACGCGGGAGACAUCGGGCAGCUUCCGGUGCGAGGUGAUGGGCGACAAGCCUUUCUUUGAGACAGACGACCACGCCGUGAACAUGACGGUGGUGGACGUGCCGGCGUGGGGCCCUGAGGUGUGGGGCGCCGCCACUGGGGCGCGGGUGCGGCCCGGCGAGGUGGUGGCUGUGCGCUGCCUCAUGGGGCCCUCCGACCCGCCGGCGGACGUGAGUUGGACCGUCAACGGCGAGGCGGCGCCGCCCGAUGCAGUGGGCCUGCGCCCCCUGGCGCGGGGGCCGCGAGGGCGCCUGGCCCAAGCGUCGGAGCUGCGCGUCACGGCGACGGAGGAGUGGUUAGCGCGCGGCGCCAUGACCCUCACCUGCCACGCCCAAGUGUCCUCCGUGUACCACGCCACCGCCAACGUGACGCUCGUCCACUCCGAUUGGCCGCAGCCCGCGGAGUUCGGCUGGUUCUCGGCAGCCCCCGCCGCCCCCAACACUCCCUGCUGCUGUGUCUCCUGCUGCUGUGUCUCCUGCUCUCCGCUGUCACGCCGCUGUGAGGGACAUGACGUGUUGAUGGCUCUGAAGGCACCAGCUGUUGCCAUAGAGAGGAUGUCCCCGCCACACACACCAGCUGGUCCGCCAGAGUAACACUUACCGCGGGGACCAGCUGUGCAAUGCUCUCUCCAUCUCCCUCUCCCUCUCCCUCCCCCCCUUUCUCUCUCUCUCUCUCUCUCUCUCUCUCUCUCUCUCUCUCUCUCUCUCUCUCUCUCUCUCUCUCUCAUUUCUUCAUUACUGUGAUUUUCUUAAACUUUAUUCAGCGCCAUCCAUCUUCGUUCAUUUCAUCAAUUUAUCUCCGCCGUGAAACUUGCCUUUUUUUUACCUUUCUCUCUCUCUCUCUCUCUCUCUCUCUCUCUCUCUCUCUCUCUCUCUCUCUCUCUCUCUCUCUCUCU